AUGGUCAAUACACAUUUCCAACUUCCAUAUUUAAAUACUGAUCAGUGCAUGUUGCGCCCAGGACAGCAAGAACACGGCUCUUAUGGUUUAAUCUUCGAAAGACCAAACUUUUAUCUUUGUGAUGAAUUAUUAAUUUGCUACCCAAGCCAACUGGUAGGUAAUAAUAAACGAAAUGGGAUUAUUACAACAGUUCCAUAUCGCCUUCGUGAAGGAAGGAAGAACAAUAUUACCAUACAAUGUGAACAAAGACGUAAAGAAUUUUGUUUUGAAGAAAAAAACAGACAUUUCUGUAAGUUGGGACAGCCUGGCUCGUCUAUUUGGCACGGAAUUAUGAUCAAAACUGAAGACAUUAAUCGAAACCCAAAUAAUUCCCCUGUUUUUGUAACAACAAUAACUUUGUCUAUUACAAAACAAAAAUAUGAAAUAAACGAGACUUUAAAAUUCUAUAUAAUAUUUGGUCGUAUGGAAGAUUUAUUCACACGUGUUAUUUUGGAGAAUAACACUCAUAAAUCAAAAGAAAUGCUUCUUGGCAACGAUAAUAAUCUUCUCAAGGAAUACAUCUCCAAAGUUGAUAAGGGUGCAUAUCUUCACAAAUAUGCUGGCCUUUGGGCUCUUGGACUGGAUUUGUUACCAACAUCGGCAGAACAAAAUUUACAUUUAUUUGUUUAUAGAGGAUGUGCUUGUUCUAUUGAUGUCUGGUUCAAACCCCCAACAAUACCAGAAUCAUUAAAGCCAAAAACUAAACCAGGGUUGCAGAUUUACAAAGAUUGUUCAGCAAAAUAUUCUAAUAAUACAAGUUACGAAUUGGGAAAUCUAAAGGAUGGAGAAAAAAUAUUUAAGUUUUCAAUAUGGGCAAGUAAAAAUGGAAGUCAUGGCUCAAUUGCAUUUUUUAAUUCUACAGAUAUUUUUCUAAAAAUAAAUUUUAAUGGCAGCGAAAUAUUUCUUUAUUCUUUUAUGGUAAGCUUUGUUUUUCCAUUAGAUCGCAAAUAUUAUAUAAUAGUAUUAAAUGUAUUUUUCCAUUCAGCGAAAUAUUCAGGUAUAAUAUAG